AUGCGUUGUUUAAUGGUGUUUGAUAAUUUAAAUGACAUUGUUUUUAUGAAAUGUGACACAACAUUUUGUGUGCACAUACGGAAAAUUGGCAUUUCUCUGGGCCUUAUUAAACCAAGCGAGGUUAUUGUUUAUAUAUUAUUUACUGAAGCUAAUCUUUCAAAGUUAAUUUUUCCAAAGAGUACAUUUAUAUACCUACAUGUAUUCUAGAUAAACUAUAUAUUUUCCUUAAGAAAUUGUAUAUUUAAUUUCUUACUUAAUUAUAAUUAAAUAAACAUAUAAUUAAACUAACUAUUACAGUUAUAGUACGAUUUUAAUUAAUUUAAAUUAUUUUAGUAGAUUUAUCAAUAGUAUUUUUUAUGAAUAUUUGUUUAUUUUAUAUUAUUAUCUAUUCAAGAAUGAAAAAGAAGACAGUACAAUAAUUGAUUCAGACUUAAUACUCCAGAUUUUUUCACCUAUGAUUACGUCACAAAAGAUUAUGAGUUGUCAUUUUUCUAAUCGAUACAGUUCAAUGCAAUGUCAUAAUGGAACAAAUAUUGUUUUUGAUGAGGUAAAUAAAUUAACCAUACAAUUAUUACCUAUUUAUACUUGUUUUUUCAAUAAAAUAUAAUUGAAUUGUUUUACAGUACCUAGGUCAUUUUUUCAUAUAUAUAGGUGACAAUGAAGUGUCUUGGCAACAAAAAGUACUUAGUGUAUCAAUUUUAUUUAUAAAAAGAAUUUGUGGUUCUGAUGUUUCAUUGUAAGUUAAAUACCUAUAUGUUAAGUUAUAAAAAUAUUUACAUAUAUGUAUCUAGGGGUGUCAUAAUAUUUUUUUGAAACAGUUGCUCUUUUAGUUUUUAAAGUUAAUGCUCGGUAAUUUGAUUACUAUUCGGCUCUAUUACUUAUUAGUUUAUGAGAAAUAUAUGAUUAUGAAUUUAUGAUACCCCUGUAUGUGUGUUUUUGUAUAUUAUUCUAUGAGUUUAUUUUAUAAGAUUGAAAUAUAGUCGCCGCCGUCGUUUUCUGGUAUCUAAACUUAUAGAUAUUUGGUUAAUACGUUCAAAAGAAGAACAAUGUGUAUUAAUUGAAGCUGUUGAACAAUUAACUGUUAGUAAUGAACUUUCUACAGCUGCAUUAACUGCUGCCAAAACAGCAGCUGACAAAAUGAAAGCUAAAUCAGCUUUUUCUAGAGUACAUAUACUCAUCAUGGUUCGACAAAAAUUUUUAACUCUGUAUUCUAGGUAUGUAAUUAUUUAUAAAUUACUUUUUAUUUAAGGUAAAUUUUAAACAGUUAAUAGUUUUUAAGGAAUUGAUAUUAUUUAAAAUUAAAAAUUUUGUUUUAGCCGUAAUGCAACUGACCUGUCUGCAGGUGAUACAUUAUUCUUAGCACUUUUAGCGGAAGCUAUACAAAUUGUUGAUUUGGAACCUAAAGAUAAAUCUGAUCUUGAUGUAAUAAUUAUUGAAAAAGAUAGUUUACUUAAAUCAGAAAUUGGUAUUGCCUUGUAAAUUAUAAGUUAAUGCAUUUAUGAGUAUUAACUGUACAUAAUAUAUAUUAUUUAGAUACACCACGAAAUAAGAUCAACAGUUUACUAGUUCUUCUAGGGCAAAAUGGAUUGAAAUUAAAUGCUGUACAUUUAUCAUACAUUACUGAUGGAGUUCCAUUAUUUAUCAUUCAUGAGGUAAAAGUUUGUCCACACAAAUUAUGGUAAAGUUCAAAGUUAUAUUUUCUGAAUAAUUAUAUAUUGUUAUUUAGAUUGGAAAUGAUGUAUUUAAUACUAGUGUAAUAGAUUCUUUAACAUCAUUUUGCACAAUCCAAGAAAUACAAAGUCGAGGAACUGUGGAUCGUGAAGCACUUAAAAUAACUUAUGACACAGUUGAUUGUUCUAUGAAAAAAAUAAUUGAUUUGUUUAAAAAGAAAAAUGCUCCAUUCGCACCAACUAGGAGUGUUCUUGCCAUUAUUACUACUUUAGCUACUAGAUGGGAGCCACUGAAAAAGUAUCAAUAUUAUAUUUUAGAUUAUACAUUUUUAUCAACAGUUUUAAUGUUUUAAAAAUUCUUUAGGAAAUACCUAGAGUACUUCAAAAAUAAUGACAGUACAAUUUUGAAUGCUAUUAAUUCGAGCAAUAUAAAUAUUGUAUGCAGUUUAAAAGAUCUACAUCAUCAUUGUAUGCUCAAUGAAUCAUUAAUUGACAACUAUACAAAAGAAGCAGUUGGUGAAGCUUCUGCCUUGGUUGCUGUAAUGCUACGUGAUUAUACUUCUUUUUUUGAAGUAAAAGCAAUGAACAAUUUUACAAUGAGAUCAUAUCCUUUUCAACUAUUUAAUGAAUUAAUUAUAAUGGUAAUAAUAAAUUAUUUUUAACACAUUAUAGCCAUUCAGCAUAUCUCUUUGUUUUUUAUUUUAAAUAACUUCUUGAAGGAUAUUAUAAUUCUUCUAUUUUUAUGCGCCAUAGUAUAUAUUUUAAAUAUACUAUUAUAUUUAAUCUAUGAUAUUAAGCAUUUUAUUAUUCAUGUAAUUCUAAAGUAAUUUUGUAAUAAUUAUACUUGUCUAACAUUACAUUUAUUUUAAUUUUAUUAAUCCAUAAGUAGUUAAGGUAAUAUAGUUUUUGAAUUUAUUUUACCCAAGACUGGUAUUAAUAAAUGUAAAAUGAAAAAUAGUAUUAAUUAUUAAGUAUGUUAUAACUUAAUUUUACAUUUAUGUAUGUAUUUAUACUAUAUAGUAUCAUAGUAUGUAGUAUCAGAUUUUUUUUUUUUAAGCAUUUUACCUGCAUAAAUGUUUCAUUUUGCAGCAAAGUUUAUAAUAUUAAUAGCUUGUCAUCACCAUUUAUAUACAAUAAUUUUGAUCUUGUAUACUGUGUUUUAGGCAAUUCUGUAGUAGGAAAUUCACUAAAUAAUGUAAUAUGUACCAUGCAUAGAUCUAGAACAAAGAUUUUGGGGGUUAACCAUAAUUUGUGAUUGUUUGGCAAAACUUUAGUGGCAGCAUCACUAUUUUUAUGAAAAAAAUGAAAAAUAAUGUUUUGGAAGUGGGAGGCUGGGGGUCCUUGUAUAAAAUCAGUCUUGACUAUAACUUAUCUAUAAACUGUAACUAUAAUAGUAAUAAUCUGUAUUAUUAGUUAUACAAGUUUAGGUGCCUUAUUUUUUUAUCCUACUGAAAAUUCACAAUUUAUUUUUUUUAUUUCAUAUAUAAUUAUAUUUGAUUAACUAAGAGAAUUUUCUUUAAUUCAAUUUAUUUUACAAGGUCAACUUUGAAUAUAAAUAA